CCCUGGCAUUUAAUUUCAAAAAGGGGAAUUACGCAAAAAUGAGGGUAACCCAUGCUCGAGGGUAACCCAUGCUCCUUUAACAAAGAAGCCAGCCGGCAUUUCUCAAUCUCGACAGCCCUCGGCACCGCAGCCGCAGCCGGCACCGGGGCUUCUUAAAGAGCCAGCUACAGCGGCACCCGUCUUAUCACUGCCGAGUGCUGAAAUGCCUGCAAUCACUGCUCCUCACAGGGAGCUGUCUUCAGCACCGGCAGGGGAACAGCAUACUCCUGCCCAGAUGCUUCCUUCUGAGCCUUUAACCCUUCAGUCUCCAGGCUCUGCACAGCCUCCAGCAGCAGUAAAAUCAAAUACCCAGGGAAUCUCCCUGCGUACCUCACCGGGGUCGUAUCAGGACCCAUCUCCUCACCCUUGUGCUUCUACGCACAAUACAAGAGAUCACAGGGAUUAUUAUCACCGCAGUCUCUCAUCUCGUCACCAUUAUUACAGAGAGCGUAGCUGUUCACACCAGAGAUGUUCUAGAUCUCCUUCUCCUGCAAGACGCUCACUCUCACCAACUCGUUCACCACGAAGCACCUAUUAUGUCAGGUCUCCAUGUUCCUGUCGGUCAAUUAGCCCACACUCUGUGCUUUCAGAGAUUCCCAAACAUUCUCAGCUACAACGUACGAUACCUUCUCGUUCUCCGAUGCACCAAUCACAAAUGUCAGACCUAGAGGAAGGGCAACUCUCGGAAGCUGACCCGGACAUGUCGCCUAAUACCUGUUCACCAUUGCCUUCUAGGGAUGAAUCGCUGUCUCUGGGCGAGACGUCACCUCCGGACGAUCUUAAAGAAUUCCAAGACCUGUUUAAACAUGCCGCACAAUCCCAGGAGGUGCAACUUACUGAGUCCCAGGUUAAGCAGCAUAAGUUAUUUAAGAAUUUACACCCUAACCAACAAAGAAAGAUUGCCCUCCCAAUAGAUGACGCUACCUUGGAGGUAGCACAGGACAUCUGGCAGACGCCAACAUCAAUACCGCCCACAAAUAAGAAAAUGGAUAAAAAGUAUUUUGUCUCGUCCAAAGGUUUGGAAUUUCUUUUCAAUCACCCGCAGCCGAAUUCCCUGAUAGUGGAUGCAGUUCGCCAUAAGAGCAAGAUGUCCCAAUUUAAGAAUUCCCUACCGGAUAGGGAUACAAAGAAAUUGGAUUAUUUUGGUCGAAAAGUUUACUCCUCCUCAACCUUGCUACUGCGGGUUGCCUAUUAUGCUGCUCUUUUGUCAAACCAUAACUUUGACAAUUACUCCAAGCUCCCGGAACUUAUGCAACAUCUCCCUGACAAUAAGAGGUCUCUCCUUAAAGCCGUUGUCCAGGAAGGGUUCACUGCAUGUAGAACAUCGCUUCAGAUUGCCGCAGACAUUGCCAACACAGCCGCUCGAGUGAUGGCAACAGGUAUCGCGAUGAGAAGAGCUUCCUGGUUAUUGUCAGCGGGAGCCCCUAAGGAGUUGCAGUCCAAAGUGGAAGAUUUACCCUUUGAUUGUCAAAAGCUGUUUGCUUCUACUACCGAUGAGGUUCUCCAUUCUGGCAAGGACUCUUGUACUACCCUUCGAUCUCUAGGGAUGUACACGCCACCUUUCAAACGCAGGCGGUACUACCCCUUCCAGAGGAGAUAUGAUUACUUCUCCUAUACACAGAAACAGCAACGCGGCUCCGACCAGCCUAGAUUUAGACAGCGCCCUCAAUGCAAACGUCAGCAGCAGAAUCGCUCUUCAGCUCGGCCUUCCCAGAAGCAGCAGGUUUGACUCCUGUGCGGGGGACUCGAACACAUCUCCACCGGUCAACACAUUAAAGCCUGCCACCACCUUAUUCCACCAACGCCUGAGGCCAUUUCUUCAUCAAUGGGCCACCAUUACCUCAGACUGAUGGGUCCUAGAGGUUAUAUCAUCAGACCUAACGAUCCCGUUUGCUUCAA